AUGAACUCGUUUGUGAACUACGUCUUCGAACGUAUUGCUGCCGAGGCUUGUCGUCUUGUUCAUUUUUACAAGCUAUCGACCAUCUCUUUUCGCGAAAUCCAGUACGCCGUCCGAUCGAUCCUCCAUGGAGAGCUCGCCAGUCAAGGCACAAAAGCCGUUACCAAAUAUUCCUGUUGUUGUUAG